AAAGAUGGAUUCUGACAACUUCCGGUAAAGCGUCUAGAAAUUAUAUCCAGAGUUCAAGUGAAUAUUUCUUUCGUUUUCUGAUAGUUUAUUGCCUAUUAUUAGGUUUGCUGUUACUUUAUAUAUCUUACAUCAAGUCUGCGACAAAAAGAAGAGAAAAUGAUGGAAUCAGAAGAAUUGGACCUGGACAAGUCCCAUUCUUUACAUGAGGAUAUGAGUCUACAGCAACCAGUCUCCUCCCCUGGAGUUUCCCCCAGAAUUGGACUACUACCCUUCAACAGUCCCGGAGCCUUGGUUACGCCCAGAUCCAGUCGGUCUGUCGCCUCACGAGUCACCCAGAUGGAGGUUCAACAGCGGAGAAGCUCAUCUAGGUCAAUCAAACGUAAAAAGUUUGAUGAUGAAGUGGUAGAGAGCAGUCUUAUAAAAACUGAGCGAGGCCGGAUGAAACUUCCACCUCCUCCUCCUCCUCCCCUACCUUAUGUGGAGAAAGAGAAACCAGAGCCUGUUGAAAAGGAAAUACCAGUGGUGCCACCUCCUGAGAAGAAAAAAGUCAUAGUGACACCACAUCCAGAGAAGAAGAAAGUCAAAAUUUCAUCAAAAUCCCAUUCUUCAUCCUCCUCAUCAAAACGAGCUAAACGUCAAAAGCCACCAGCUCCAGCUUCUACCAAAGAUCUGGGUCGAUGGAAACCUCAGGACGAUCUCGCACUGAUAACAGCAAUACAGCAGACCAAUGAUCUCACAGCGGUACAUCUAGGGGUCAAGUUUUCAUGCCGAUUCACGCUAAAGGAAAUCCAGGAGAGAUGGUAUGCUCUACUCUACGACCCUGUCAUAUCAAAACUCGCUAUCCAGGCUAUGAAACAACUCCAUCCCGAUAUCAUGAAUAAUGUCCAGGGUAAAGCUCUCUUCAGCAAGGAGGAGGAAACGUUACUGGGGACCAUUGCAUCUACAAGUCAGCCAACAACAGACACCUUCCAAGACCUCUUGGAGAAAGAAUCUGACGUGUUUCACCCACUCCGCACAACCAAAGCUCUUCACAACCAUUGGAUACUAAUGAAACAGUACCACUUACUCCCCGACCAAUCAGUACAACCGAUGCCUCGUGGGGACCAUGUUCUGAAUUUCUCAGAUGCAGAGGAUAUGAUGAAUGAUGACGAUGUCCGGGACCCGAAGGACGAGACGCUAGAACAAGAACUCAAUGUGUCAGACAGGAGAAACAAGAAAGAAAUUCGUCAUUUAGAACAAGAACUACCCAAAUGGCAGGUGCUUGUUGAUAGCGUGACUGGUAUAAGUCCACCAGACUUUGAUAACCAGACCUUGGCAGUACUCCGGGGUCGUCUGGUUCGUUACCUUAUGAGAUCAAGGGAGAUAACUCUUGGACGAGCAACAAAAGACAAUCAGAUAGACGUCGACUUGUCGCUUGAAGGACCCGCCUGGAAAAUCUCACGUCGCCAGGGUAUCAUCAAACUCCGAAAUAAUGGAGACUUUUUCAUCGCCAACGAAGGCAAACGGCCGAUCUACAUUGAUGGUCGCCCAGUUCUUAUAGGAAACAAACAAAAACUCUGCAAUAACUCUGUGGUAGAGAUUUCUUGUCUGCGGUUUAUUUUCCUCAUCAACCAGGAUCUGAUCAAUGUUAUACGGACAGAGUCACAGAAACUGACCGGUGUUUGAGUUGGAAUGCUACAGAUUGAGUUAACAGUCAGUGUUUGAAAGCAAAACUAUGGAAUUCAACUCACAAUUGUCACAGAAAUGCAAUGGAUCAAGUCAACAUUCAGUGUUUGAGAUUAGAAAAUAUGAAAUAUUCAUCAAAACUGACCGGUGCUUGUUAGAAUAAACAGUCAGAUAGUGUUGAAUCAACAAUCCGUGUUUAAGAGCGAAAUAUCGACUUACAUUGAAAAACAUGAAGAAUUAUCUGUGUUUGAAGGGUCUGUUAGAGCCAUUCAGUCCUUAAACAUUUUAUUUUUUUCAUGAAAGAAAUAGGCUCAGUUCAUUAAGACGUACCUUUUUGACAAGAGUGUUUCUACCUGGACCAAUCGAUGCUAAGGUCAUACAUGUACCCACUCCAAGGUCAGUGUUGUUGACCUGUCAACACUUCACGCCGACACAAACUGACCAUUAGUGAUGGCUUGUAUAUGGCUAUUAUCACAGAACCUGAUUAGUGUUUGAUUUCCCAGAACACAAUUAUCAAAGUUUGCAGCGGUGAAAUGCAAUGCUAUGCAGUUUGAAUGGAUGUAUAGGAGGACCAUAUUAUUGAAAUCAUCAAGGUUAGCUUACAAUAAAUGGGACAUUUUUACAAAUUGAAUCAAAAUAAGCUUUUUAUAGGGAAGAACAUGUUUUAUUUGUCAUUGUGACAUUGAAUCAUCAUCCGAGUCGUCAGUUUCAUUUUUGUUGUCAUCAUUUAUUCAUAAUAUGUUUUAUUUUGUGUCGUUAGCAUGGUCAGCUGUUUCAUAACAUCAUCACUAUCAUUUCAUCAUUUAUUUAGUUAACUUCUUUGCAACAUUUGAUAGUUAUCAACUCUGCCAUGAAGUCAUUCAGUCAUUGUCACAGCCCUCACCAUCAUAAACCCCUUUUUCAUCAUCACAUUAUCAUUAUUAUUUUUCUGUGACAUUAUUUAUGUCAUUGUUUUUUGCAUUAUCAUUUCAUCAGUCUUCAAUUUCAUGUAUCAUGAAAUUGAUUCCUGAACACAAAAAGAUACACAUGUUAAGACUAAGGAGUACAAGUAAUAUGAAUCGGAGAACGUGACUGAUGACAGGUGUACGAUUAGAGAGGGUGAUAGAGCACUGUACAACUAGGGCUUGUUUAUUGGUUGUUGUUGUUAUUGAAGUAUAAAUGCAUGACAAAUGAUAUUAAUGGAAAUAAAUGAUGAUGUAAAAUAUAUGAAACGUGU